AUGAGAUGGACAGGACAAGGUUGUUCCAAGCGAGCAAACUGUGAUAUUUAUUACAGCUGCCAUGCGGAGAGGCGCGAAUUUGGAUGCGGAUUUGUAGUAAGCCGGAGACUUCGCCACCACGUCUCCAAUUUCACCCCAGUGAGUGAACGGCUGGCUACAAUCCGCGUCAAAGCUAGAUUUUUUAAUCUUAGCAUAAUUUGCGCGCACGCCCCGACGGAGGAGAAGGAUGAUGCUGCUAAGGAUGCAUUCUACGCGAGACUCGAGGACACAUACGACCGCUGCCCAAACCACGACGUGAAGAUCAUCCUCGGGGACUUCAACGCAAAGGUUGGGCGCGAACGCAUCUUUGACCGCACCGUCGGUAAAUUCAGCCUCCACGAGACCACCUCGAACAACGGUUUCAGGCUGAUUGACUUCGCCGCGGCGCGAAACAUGGUAGUGAGUAGCACCAGAUUUCGGCACCUCGACAUCCACAAGGCCACAUGGCUGUCCCCUGAUCAGAAAACGCGCAACCAGAUUGAUCAUGUUGUGAUAGACGGAAGGCAUGCCUCAAGCGUGAUGGACGUGCGUACGUUCCGUGGAGUCAACAUAGACUCGGACCACUAUCUUGUCGCAGCCAAGAUACGCAUGCGGCUAAGCCGAGCGAAAAACGUACGCCCCAUCACGCAACGAAAGCUUGACGUCACUAGGCUGCGAUCACAACGGACAGCAACAGCCUACUCCACUCACCUCUCGGAACUGCUCCACCAACCAACCCCUCUUCCUGUUGACGCCGGCGGACUCUGGGCGCACAUAUCCCACUCCAUGCGAGCUGCCGCUGAAACAGCCAUUGGGUUCAAGCGCCCACCCACACGGAACCAAUGGUAUGACGAGGAGUGUCGCGGAGAAAAGGAAGGAAGAGAGGCGGCUUUUAGACGGAAAAAACGGGAGAAAGAAAAGCGAGAGUGCGAGGAACUCGAGGUGUUGCAGGACAGAAAUGAUGCUCGAAAAUUUUACCAACAAGUCAACCGUCUGACACAUGGUUUCAAGACCGGAGCAUCUAACUGUCGAGAUGAAAACGGGAUUCUGGUUACAGAUACGCAGUGCACGCUGAGGUUAUGGAGGGCGCAUUUUUCCAAGCUGCUAGCAGGCGAUGACGGCACCAAUCCCGCCAUUGGAGGAAGCAACCCGAUACCACCAAUCAACGACAAUGUGGAUAUACCACUACCUAGCGAUGACGAGGUCCGAGUUGCUAUUAUGCGACUCAAAACAACAAAGCAGCCGGUGCUGAUGGACUGCCUGCAGAGUUGUUUAAGGCCGGCGGCGAAGAGCUGA